AUGGUUUCUUCCCCGUAUAGUGGAGAUGAGAUAGAUGCGAGUGAUCGCCCAGUCCGGAAAAGGACUAGAACCGGCUGCAUUCAGUGUCGCAGCCGCCGUCGCAAAUGCGAUGGGGCACGACCACGGUGCCGUGGUUGUGAAGCGCGAGGCCAAAUUUGUCAAUGGGGACUCAAGGCGUCGUUCCAUCCUUCACGUACAAUUAGUUUGUCACGUCGUGAAGCGGCUUUAUUGCGUGAAGUAGAAGAAGGGCGAAGGAGGAGGUUCAGUCGGCAUCAGAAAUUCGUUGAUGAGACCAACAUCAUCAUCGAUGGAUACUCGACACCUGAUAGCCCUUCUGGCAGGCCUCACCUUCUAGGUCAAGAUGAAUUUUUGCCUAGCCAUGUCUCUCGCCCACCCUCACAGCUGAUUCCUGGAGAAUUGAGUAUUGCCGAUCUUUUUACACAGCGAAACCUGCCGGCUUCUGACAUUCCAGCAAGCUCAAGCGGUAACCAUGAUCCACCCGCACUCCUUCAGUCCCAGCUGUUUCAUUCAGUGUCCAGACCUACGGCGACGGAUCUGCAAACCCAUCUAUACCCUUUCUUGCUAGGCCAGGCAAGGUCAAAGGACGCAACCCCGCAGCCAGUGCCACAAUUUCCAGUCACAGAUGGGGAAAAGCUUCAACUUAUUUCCUCUUUUAUACUGGAGACAGGUACCUGGUGUGAGACAACUGACUCCCAAAUGCACUUUACCGUGAAAUGUAUUCACGAAAUGAUGAAGUCAUCAUCAUUUGUCGCAGCUGCGCUAUCACUCGCCUCUCGCCAGCUAGAUUAUAUCCAGAAGCGACAGAGACCUGUUACGUUAGAGCUAUACCAAUUCACCAUUCAGUUACUUCUCCGCCAGGAUUCUGUACAUGCCGACACGUCUAUUUUGGCUACUUGCACUCUUCUCUGCGUUUACGAAAUGAUGGCUUCGCGAGUCGAAGAAUGGAGACGGCAUUUGAAAGGCUGUGCGGGAUUCCUGCGGGCCCAAAGAUGGAAUGGGUCUAGCGAAGGCAUAGUGAAGGCGAGCUUCUGGGCCUUCGCCCGUAUUGGUGAGUAG